AUUUCCGCUUCGCUCCGUCGUUUAUCGUGAGAGUCGUUACUUUGGUCUUUACGCACCGUUUUUGACUGGAAAACCUUCUAGCAUGUCCAAAUUCAAUGUAAAUGUAGAACAGUGUAAAGGAGCUGUCGUGGUUGGUGAUCAUGCGAAACUGACUAUUGGGCCGACUGGUAAGAUAUCAGAAGGAGUACUAAACCAAGAGCACACCCCAGAGCAAGCAGCAAGAACUAAAACUAGUCCUCAUGCACCUUUUCAAGAGUCUGGGGAUGAUAUUGAUUUAAAAGUAAAGUCUGGUUAUGUGUUAGUAAUUCAUAACUACAGCUUCCCUAAGAGGGAGGAGGCUGUGCGCCAUGGGUCAGAGGAAGAUGUGAAAAAUCUUUGUAGCCUCUUUGAUGAUUUCAACUUCAAAACCCGAAUUGUAAAUAACUUGACUCAAAGUCAGAUGGUGGAAAUACUCAGUGAAACUGCAGAGAAAGACUUCAGCAGAUAUGAUUGUUUCUUGUGUGUAAUCCUCAGCCAUGGUUUCAAAGAUGGGAUUCAUGGAAUUGAUGAGGAGGAGAUUAAAAUUGAAGCAAUCACUUCCAAUUUUCGCCGAGAUGCAUGUCCUUCUCUUGAGGGGAAACCAAAAAUAUUUCUGAUCCAAGCUUGCCGUGGCAAUAGACGGGAUAGGGUAUCUAUCGAGAGCGACAGUGAGCCUGUCCCAUGUGCAAGCUCAUCUCUUCCAGCUGAUGCUGAUUUUCUGAUCUGUUUUGCCUCUGCCCCUGGUCACCAAAGCUACAGGCAGCCAGAGCUUGGUUCUUGGUUCAUUUCAACAGUUGUGGCAAUUUUUAAAGAGUAUGCAGAAAGGGAGCAUCUUAUGGAUAUGAUGCUGAGAGUCAACAAUCAUGUUGCAAAUUAUUUCAGCAAAACAGGCCUCAAGCAAAUACCCUGCCAAGUCUGCAUGCUGAGAAGGAAAGUGUAUUUUAGUCCAAAAUAUAAUUAACCCAUCAUGAAAUGCUCAUGACAAAUUCUGUCUUUGUCGUGUAUAUGAAUGUUUACUUAAUAUGUUUGUGUAAUGAGAAAAUUGUAGAUGAAACAUUGCCAGUGUACCUGUCCACUGGAGCUCAGAAGCGUGGUUACAUGAACUUUGUUAAAUUCUCCCACAGACCACAUCAGUAACACUGUAUAUUAUGCUACAGUGUAAUAUAUACAGUUCAAAAUUUUCAAUCCUUGCUGUAUGGAUGAAGUCUUUGAAAAAAGCAAUGCUGAUGCAGGAGUUUUAGUCUUAUUGUAACAAUAGUGGGUACACAAAGAUAAAAAUGCUGUUCACUAAGUCAUAGAGAAAAUUGUAGGUGCUGUUCAAAGAUAGUUGUAAAGCAGUGUCUGAUUCAGGAUUUCCACUCCUCAAGAAGAAAUAAAACAACAUUUAAACCGGAUUCACUCCUUUGAACUGAGCAAUGAGUUAGCUUUGGUAAGAUAAGUUAUAUUGAUAUAUGGUAAGGUAGUCCUGGACUGGGUUGUUCAAAACACAAGUAAAGUGUUGGUGUAAAUUUUAAAUUUAGUUUUAUAGCACUGCAAAAGAAUUUUUUGUUUGGAUUUUUCCCCAUCAUUUUUUUGUCAUAAUGAGAUAAAACCCAAUAAAAGCCUAAAUCUUAUAUGCGCUCUUCUACACAAGAAAUUGAAACCAAUGUUUACUUUUAAUCCUAGAUUAACAUUUACCCCCUUUUAAAUAACCCAGCCCUGAGGUAAAUCUGAGGGUUCCAAUUGGUUCUUUCAUGGUCCAGAUUUUGCCACACAGACCGUCUUAUAUGGUCAUGAGAUGUGUAACUAUUUUUGCAAAUGCUGGUAAUUUAAAAAAAAACAAGUUUGAUGCAAGUACCAUAUACACUGUGUUAAGCUACAUGCUAACCUUGCUUGAUCAAGCUGUACUGUAGAAAAAUUAGCCCUCAAUCAUUUUUGUAUGGACCUUGCUGCCCUUUGGCCGUAAUUCCACAAUACU